AACGGAAGACGCUCGGCGAGGCCCCGCCUGCCGCAAGCCCGGGAGGCCAGGCUCCGCCCUGCGCCCUGGCCGGGCAGACGGUGUGUCCGGCAGCGCCAGGACUUGGCGGUCGCGGGAGCCGGGGGUCGGAGCCAUGCUGAGGAGCUGCGCCGCGCGCCUGCGCAUCCUGAGCGCCCUGCCGGGAGGCGCCCACUGGCCUGCGAGCCCGCCGGGCCCCGCGCUGAGGUUAUUUUCUUCUGAGAAGGACACUCUGAGGGACUAUUCUCUCCCCAACCCCAGCUGGAACAAGGACCUAAGACUCCUCUUUGACCAGUUCAUGAAGAAAUGUGAAGAUGGCUCCUGGAAACGUUUGCCUUCCUAUAGAUAUUCAAUUUUUGAGAAAGAGAGAGAGCCAAAGGCCCAGAACUUCACAAGAAGCUUUGAGGAGGGCAUGGGCUUCGAAUAUGCAUUGUUCCACAAUGACGCGGAGAAAAGGACGGUUUGCGUGUUACAAGCAGGUCCUCACCUGCAGGGAAACCAUGGGUAUGUUCAUGGAGGUGCCAUUGCCACCAUGAUCGAUUUGACUACCGGCUCAUGUGUAUUUGUAACCGGAGGAUUUGUCAUGACUGCCAAUAUGAACAUCGAUUUUAGAAGACCCAUCCCCCUUUAUUCUGUUGUUGUGAUAAACUGCCAAAUUGAUAAAAUUGAAGGGAGAAAAUAUUUCAUUUCCUGCGAUAUUCGGAGUGUUGACAACAAGACCCUCUACUCAGAAGCGACACUCUUAUUUGUAAAACCUGAUCCCAACAAAAGUUCAAAAUAAACCUCCUGGCGAUAUCCACACUGCAUCGGACCCUCCCAGUUCCUGAUGAAGCAACUGCUGACUUCGGACCACG